AUGCAGUCUCUUUUCGGUGGAGGGGAGCUGGGGCUGCUGGGAGGAGGCGGUGAUGCUGGGGGCCUGAAGGAGGAUGGCUGCGGCAGCAUGGCGUGGAGGGCCUCGCCACUUCCCGCCGACGACGUCUACUCUGGCUCGCACUUCGCCCUCAUCUCCGCCUACCAGGAAAUCAAAACCAGACUGGUGAGCCUGGAGCGGGAAAACACCAGCAUCAAGAGGAAGCUGAAGAUCUACGAGAUUAAGUUCCCGAUGAUCAGCGAGUUUGGCGAAGACACCAACUCCUACUGCUCCUUCGAGAGCAAAGACACGGCGCUGCUGCAGUCAGAAAACGGCAACCUGCACCAGCGGGUCAACGUCCUCACCCACGAGCUGCAGAAGAGAAAAGAGAGGGAGGAGCAGCUGGAGGAUGUGAUCCAGGCCUACGAGAAGAUUCACAUGGAGAAGAACAACCUCCAGAGGGAUCUCGACAAGAUGACCAACCUGGUGGAGAAACACGUGGAGAGGAUUCUGGGUCUGGAGUCGGCUCUGAGGCAGAGGGACGACUCCGUGCAGAAGCUCAACAUGCAGCUUCACAGCAAAGACAUGCAGUACCUGCAGCUCCACGCCGGGCCCGAAAAACACAUGCUGGACUGUCCAGCCCUGACCCUGCAGAGCUCGCGCAGCUUGGACGCCCUGUCUGACCUGAAGCUGCAGCGCCUGGAGGCGGAGCUAGAAGGGGCACGGCACGAGGCCCAGGGAGCGUGCCAGAGGGAAGAGGAGCUGAAGGCGGAGUGCGAGAGGCUGAAGGAUGAGAUGCGACAGCUGCAGAACAAUCACAGAGAGAGGGAAAUGACUUCUCCGUGCAAGCAGUGCGAUGUGGAGUGGAUAAAGAAGGUGGGAGAUGAGCAGGUGAACUUGGCUCUGGCCUACACGGAGUUAACGGAGGAGCUGGGACGCCUCCAGGCGCUGUGCUCCAAGCAGACGGAGAUCCUGAGGAAAGCCACGCAGGAGCCGGCGAGUCCAGUGCAGCUUCACUCGCCCAUCCACCACCAGCGCCACUCCCCGGUCUCCCAGCGCCACUCGCCCAUCUCGCAGCGCCAUUCUCCGGUCCCGCCGCCUCCGCAUCACUCCCCGAUCCAGCAGCGGCGCUCUCCGGUCCUGCAGCGCCUUUCCCCCGACAUGCAUCGACGCUCGCCCCUGCUGGACGUCAUCGAUGGGCCUGCGUCGUACUCCUACCGACCGCCCUCGCAGCACCUGAGGGCCAGCUUCAAGGGCCGCCGCAGUUACUCCGAGGUGGCCGACCCUUCGGCUUACCAGUGCCCGCCUCGCUUCUCUUUGGACCCGGUCUCUACACUGCCCAAGCCCCGGCCCUAUGUUGAGGGCUACCCGAAGCAGCAGCCCCAACACUCCCCUCACAGCGGACUGCAGCACCGAGGGUCAUCUUCUCCUCUGAAGGGUGGGGCGGGAGGAGACAGCAGCCUGGGGGAGAGCUCCCUGCGCCACUCCAGAGAGAUGCCUUUCCCUUUGUCAGAGGUGGCGCACCUUCAUUUUGAGCCACCUCCCCCGUCCACGCCUGCUCCCCAGCCGCCGCAGUCUUCUGAAGACGAGGAGGAGUGGACCUGUCCUCACCCCAUCAGCCCACCGAGGACGCUGGGCGUGCUCUCUCCUGGAGGAGCCGGCGGAGUCAUGAGGGGCCCUGCGUCCUGCUCGGCCUUUCCCAUCCCUCAGAGGCCUAAUAACCUGAGCUGCCACCCUCCGCAGGGGUACCCGUCAACUGAGCACGCUCAGUCCUGGCCCUCAAUCAACCUCUGGAUGGAGACGGAGGACAACGACAUGAGGAGCUGCCCUCUCUGUCAGCUGAUUUUCCCCGUCGGUUACCCUGACGACGCCCUCAUCAAGCACAUCGAUUCCCACCUGGAGAACAGCAAGAUAUGAUUACCAU